AGAAUUUACAGUAACAGUAAAGAGUCACUCGCGCUUGAAUUAAAUGGCGUGCUUUUUUGUUCUCUUAUCAGUUGUUAUUCAUCAUUCGGAUUUUUUUUAAACCGCGGUCGGUUAGCCUCGUUCCCGCAUCCCUGCAUCAUCUCAACAUCACUCCCUCCUUCAUUGCCCCCUCCCUCCCUCUCUCCAGGCAGUGCAUCCCCCAUCCCCCACUCAUCGGCCGUGUCUGUAGCAGCGCCAGUGGGCCCACUCAAACGCAGAUCGAGCUCAACCAGCCCGCACCGACCCGAGCAAGAAGUCCACGCGAGAGAAAGGCGAUCACAUUAGUCUCCAGCAAGCGCGGAAGGGAAGAAAAAUACAAUCGCGUUUUCUUCGACCGAGUGACGUUGAUUUGCAUAUCCACUUCCACUCCUUCCUCAUUUGCAUACAGCAAGAAAUGGCGAGCGGGCAUCCCACAGACAAAUUCAGUUUCAUGUAUCAACCAGACACGCACAAGAGGUUGUCUUCAGCUAUGAAUCCAGUUUACAGCCCUGUUCAACCUGGAACCCCCUAUGGGAACCCCAAGAACAUGGCCUUUGCAGGCUAUCCAGGGGGAUAUCCCACGACAGCACCCACAUAUACGCCAAAUCUAUAUCAAACGGGAAGCCCCGGGUAUCCACCUGGAUACACUGCAGCAGGCACCCCAUACAAAGUGCCACCGUCUCAGUCAAAUGGAGCACCUCCUCCCUAUACCCCGACCCCGACACCAUACCCUACAGCUAUGUAUCCCAUCCGCAGUGCCUACCCACAGCAGAACCUGUACACACAGGGCGCAUAUUAUACCCAACCGGUAUAUGCAGCUCAGCCACAUGUGAUCCAUCACACCACUGUGGUGCAACCAAACAGCAUCCCAUCCACAGCCCUCUACCCAGCCCCCGUCCCUGUACCCACUCCUCGAAACAAUGGCAUGGCUGCCAUGGGGAUGGUCGCCGGGACAACCAUGGCCAUGAGUGCAGGGACACUGCUGACAACACCCCAGCAUGCUCCUAUUGGCGCGCACCCCGUUACUGUGCCCACUUACCGGCCCCAGGGCACACCUGGGUACAGCUACGUUCCACCUCACUGGUAGAGCCCACCAGUUUAUAUCUGGAGUCCGCCAUCAUAUGCAACUGCUCAAAUCUGACCCAGACUCCUGGUAACCAUGGGAACUCAGCACCAUGCCUGUUGUUCUCUUCAGAACAAAAACUAAAGUGCAACAGCCACUUUAAUAGCAUCCUCUAACAUUUUUACAAAAGCUGCUUUUUUAUUUGAUUAGUUUUCUUUAAAUCCGUUCAUUUGCCAAACAAUCUUCUAUUGUGUUUAGAUUUUUUUUAAUUAUUAUUUUUAUUUCUUUCUCCCCCUAUUUUCUUUUUCCAUGUUUGUCAUUGGAACACCAGAAGAACGCAGACCGAACACAAGUGUUGUUCGUGGGUGCGCGUGUGUGUGUGUGUAUGUCUGUGUGCGCGCGCGAGUGUGGAGGGGCUAGGGGUGAGAAGGGGGUGUUAGGUAGACAUAUGUGGUCCCGCCUGCUUCUCAGUUGGCUGGAAAAUAUAGCGCACUUAUUCUUCAAUAUCAUUUACCUCCGUCGUGGCAAUUACUCGACCUAUUGACCUAUGCUGCCAAAUUUUUUCCAAACUAGAUAUCAGCACAGGGUUUAAAUACCCAAUUUCAUUUUGUUUCAUGCAGGUAUUUAAAUUGCUUUAUAUUCCCUUGCCUUUUCCUUUUGUUUUCACUUUUCUUUUAUGUUUUCACCAGCAAUCUGCUUUUCACCAUUUUCCUCAUCAACUUUGUUUCAUUUUCAAUCCAACCUUACUUGUCUUAAUGGUCUUGCUGUGAGUCUGUCACCUGUCUGUACGUCUCCAUGUGUGUGUUGUAUACCGCUUUCAGAAGCGUUCAAGCAUCAUUUGUAGUGUACAAUUAAAAAAACAAUCACUUCCUUCAUGCCGCAUACUAUGCAGUCUAGUAUGUUGUGACACUGCGGAUUCAUAGAGCGCGAGUGCAUUUUUUGGUCACAUUUAGUUACUGAUGUUGUUACUUGGUUUGCUGUCGGUCAGUGUAUUCAACAAAGGUUAAGAUAUUUACAAUAAUUGGGUGAACACCGCGGGCAAUCAUGCACACCGUCACUAACCCGCGCUCCUGUUUUUGGGAGAGGAAAAAUGCAACCGGCUCGUGGCACUUACUGAUGAUUAACACAAGAAAAUCCAAGACGGACAAAUGGACUUUAAAGGGAUAGUGUUGGCAGAUGGCCAUUCACGGUGCGAGACAUUUGGGGUUUGUGGAAUCUUACCUGCUCGGGACUGCACAAACGUCUUGUCUGUUUUGCACUCUAAAUACAUAUUUACUCACCGAUUGUGUUGUCUCAUUUCCUCGCCCAAACGAGGACUAAUAACAAAACACCCAGCACUCGCGAAACCAUACUCACAUCAUUUAACGGCAUCUACUGCUUUUGAUUUUAAGAAGAGCAGAGCUGUCACUGAGAGACUGCAAGCGUAAAACGGACUUAAACUUUUCAUCAUUGUAAUUCAUUGUAAACAAGGCCAACAUAAAUGGUGUCAUAAAGUGGCAGACAUCCCUCCAACACAUGAUCAGCUCAUUGGCAAGCUCUGCCAAGCUUGAUCACUUGAAUCAAGUGUGUUGGAGGAAAGAGAUCUUAAACAUUCUGCAUGGGGACCCUCGAGGACCGGAGUUGGACACCCCUGGUUAAUCUAACCUUUAACAUGUAAAGCAUUACUGUCUAGUGACAAGCGCGUACAUAAUCUGCACCCAAAAAAUAAUCACUUCAUCAUUAAAAAAGAAAAAGGUUUAAUCAAAUAAAAACGUACUACGUGCAUUGGGCUGGGGCAAUUUGAGUCCAUAAAUUCUUUGGCUAUUGGUUCUUAGGUUGAGGAAAGGCAGGUGCAAGGUGUAAAAUGUAGGUUCGUGGCAUUUUCAGGAUUCACAGAAAAAAAAAAUCGCCAACUUGUGGAAGAAAAAAACCUAUUGGAGCAUUUGCAGCAAAGGUUAGUUGAGGUGACUUGAUAUUGCAAUAAAACGGAGACUGCCUCAUGAUUGUCACUAUAGUGAUUGUGUUCACAGUUAAAAAAGAAAAAGAAACAGAGUAUGCAGGCUCUGUAUGCAGCCUUAAUAUCAUACAUAUCGGCAAUUUGGCUUUUGAAUAUCUGUGAGGAACUAUUCCCUAAAAUUAGACAAAAUAAAGCAAAUAAUUAGUAGUAUCAUUUAAUGCUAAGUAACCAGGUAGCUAACACCUUUUUACUGCUUUUUACUGAGUGUAAAAGACACAAUAUUGUAAUUAAAAUAAGACUAAGUUGAGUGUUUGAGGUAUUCUUAGUUCACAAAUCGUACACUAAAACAUUAAAUCUUAAGAAAUAUUUCAUAUAGCUUCUGUCAAAAGUUUUGUUUUUUUUGGGGGGGGGGCUUUGUCAUGUAGGUGUUGGAAUAAAAAGCAAGCAUAACAAGAACAUUUUAAUCCACCAAAGAGAAAAAAUAGAUUUGUGGAUUUUCUUGCGUGGGAUUUAUUGAACCUACGCUGUUUCUUCACUUCACUCUGGUUACUUCAGCAUAAUAAGUACCGGUAUGCAUAAUAUUCAGGUGUCGAAUUAUAGCAUCGGUUUAAAGUAAAAAAAAAAAAGCUGUAUAUUUAUACAGCAAGUGGUACAGUAAUGCAUUUCUAGCUAAGCAUGGUUGCAUCUUUGUGGCAGCUAUUGUUUGUGCUUUUGACAUUUUAUUUGAGCUCCAUUCCUCUUCAGUGUAUUUGUUCUUGUCGGUUUCUGAUUGAGAGUGAGGUGAGGGGGGGGGGCAUAAAUGAGGCUUUUUUUCACACCUUGACAGAGUCAUGGGUGACUGACAGAGCUGAGGUGGACAUGUACGAUUGCUUUGACGGUCCGACGGCUUGGUCCUCGGCCUCCACGCCCAUUGCGCCACAUGUCAUUGUUGUUGGGUAAACGUUUCUUCUCCUAAGUAACUGGUAAACUCUUGUUAAGUCUCGCUUCUUGUGAAUCUUGUUUUCUCUUAUGACUGUCUUUUCUCACACUGUUGUUAAUGCCUAUUGCCUGUCAAAAUUUUAACCUGUCUUGCUGUUUUUCUUGCCAUGUCGACCAUUUUGUCAGCCCCCCCCCCCCAAGAAACAGAAUCAUUCUGCCCAUAACAGGGAAGCAAAAUGUUGCCACAUCUCUCAUGUGACCAAUCUCCUUUCAUUCAAACAUGUGCCUCUCAAAUUGUAACAAUGAAAUUCUCACAGGGCCACAUUGAGAAGAAAAAAAAAACCCCACCCUGCACAAAUAGUCUUCAUUUUUGUGAUGAAUAAAACGGAGUACAAAAAGAUAUUACAAAUUGAAAAGUUCUAAUUUUAGAAAAACAGUCAAGAGGGGGCGGGGUUAUGUGAGGCACUCAUACUUUGUACUAAAUUCACCCCGUUUUGGUAUUUUAAAUAAAUACACUACAGAGCAAAUGUAGGCAGCAGGUGUCACCAGUGACGAUGUUUGAACAGGUGAUGAACAGUCGUUAGAUGACAGGCCAUGUUGCCAUUUUCUAUAUAUAUAUAUAUAUAUACAUGUAUAAGUUUUAAGACAAAAAUUGUUGUGGUGCUUACACAUUGCUUCUUUUAAUGUGGAAGCUGGGGCGGCACAUCUGCAUUUUAGUUGUUUCAGAUCAUUACCCAAAACAAUUAGCUCAAAGCAGUUGUUUUCCAUAGUGAUGCUUCCUCAUUCGAUUCCAUUCCUUGCCUCUUGUUGAUUUCAAUUUGCACUUAAAUUAAAAAUGGACAGUUAAACACUUAUGUGUGUUGAGGUAAAUGUAGUUUUACUUCCAUACUUUAUUCUGUUCUGAGCAUUGUAUGGGGGGGAAAAAACUUUUACUGAUCUCUUUUCCCUGAUGUUGAUUUUUUUUUUCCACUUUGCCAGUGAAAAUGUGACCAAACCAUUCAGAAAACCGCUCUCCUUCAUUUCCACCACUUCUUUCUUCUUUUUUUUGCCUUUCAGUUGCUUGGUCUUACUUUAUUGUCCAAUGCAAAUCAAAACACUACUAUCACAGUAAAUAGUGUCCUGGAUGUUCUGCUGCAGCAUUUUAAUUUCAACUUGUCAACGAUAACUCUUGGUUCAAUUAGACACUAAAUGUGAUGCAAAAAGUGGAAAUUCCUUGUCUUCCAUUAAAAAAAAAAAUUAAAAAAGGAAAGAAAGAAAGGAUACCUGCAUCCAUCCCUCUUGGAUCAAGUAUUAGGAACAAUCCAACUUUCGGAAGUUUUUCUUUGGUACCCAGUUUGCACACGCAAUUGUAUUUUCCAUAUGGUUGUGUUUGGAAACGGAAGCCCAACGUCUAUUAAGCGUUGAGAGAAGUGAAUUGUUUGUUAGCUAUUUGGUCCAGAGUGAAGGACCUGCGUCAGGCUUGUGAUAUGAAGUGUAAAUCUGUCUUGAUUUUUUUUAUUUUAAUGUUUUUUUUUAAUGUUGGAUUAUUUUUUUGUAAGAUCAGUUAGUGAUCUUAGUACUAUAACUAAGCCAAGUUUGUAAUUGUAUAUUUACUGUAAAAUGUAGAACAUUGAAUAACUAUUAAAAUUUUCCUACAAAAGGAAA